UUCUCUGUGGUACCACAGACUGCAUCUCUUUCAAAUAGUGAAAGCGGACCAGACAACAUUUUCUGAAUUAGCAUCUCUGGGACUUCUGUGCUCACACACAGCACACAUGUAAGGUCUAACCAAGUACCUGUGCUUUACCUAGGGACAUCACCUCAAGACCACUUUGGAUUAGGGGGAAACUCUGAUUUACAGAAAAGCCAGAGCAACGAUUCAGAAGCAGGAGUUUCAGUGGAGAUCCCAUUUUUGGUCACCUGCUUUAUUUUAUUAUUCACAUUUCGGACAGUUUAUGGAUUAGGGAUAAUGCAACCUUGGGUUAGGUAAAUUAGUUAAAUUUCCUGGAGAUAGAUCUGAAGACAAGAUGUGCUUUCCAGAAAAUAUGGGACUGUAAGGAAAUUCUUUGAUGGAUAGUGAUUUUAAAGAAACAACACAGGAUCAGACUGGGCCGGCGGGGCAACGGGUCCAGACCAGAUCCCCACUGCGCUCCACCAGGCUGCUGAUCUCCCUCCCCUGACGCAUCUGAAGAAUGGGUAGAAGAGAUAUACAAAGCAUCAUUAGAUGGGCAUUAAUUCUUACACUCUGCAUUUUAACUCUAUGGGGAAGAAUAACAGCAGCAUCGUCACACCACAGAAUUCAUUCAGUUCACGUUGAACCGGGUACAUGUGAAGUAAUCGCUGCCCAUAGAUGCUGCAAUAAGAACAAGAUUGAGGAGCGGUCACAAACAGUAAAAUGCUCUUGUUUUCCUGGACAAGUUGCAGGAACCACAAGAGCAGCACCAUCAUGUGUCGAUGCUUCUAUAGUUAUCCAGAAGUGGUGGUGUCAAAUGGAGCCAUGUUUAGAAGGAGAAGACUGCAAAGUUUUACCAGACUUGUCUGGAUGGAGUUGUAGUACUGGAAACAAAGUAAAAACAACAAAGGUCACCCGAUAGUUUCUAAAGGACAUUCAAUAUCCACUCCAGAUGUUGAAAAUGCCAUCAUUGGCCAACGAUACCCAUGGAAAUACUGUGUACUCCAAUUUAAGGGAACUGUUUUGUGAAACAACUGAUGUCAUCAGAUAUCAUAGUUCCAAAGUGACAUUUAUGAGGAGUGCCAUAAUGAUGUAAAACAAAAACUAACAAUUACAAUGUACCUCUUGAAAGGAAGGAACUGACCUUUAAAGACUGUGCAACUUUUUGUUUUAUUAAGGAGACAAAUCUUUUAGGAUGCGCAACCAAAAAAGAAAAAAAUCAUCUUAUGUACAGUACAAAAAACAAAGGAUGUAGGGACCAACCUACCAACGCAACAGCUUCCAUUUAAAGGCUUUUGUGUUUUCACAUUAUGAUUGCUGAGAUAUCCCUUGAUUUAUGAUGGUAUUUUUUGAUUACGCAGAAGCAGUUUAGUUUCCAUUUUACAUGAUGACUUGAUAUAGCUUUUUCUUCUUGUUAAGUAAAAGACACCAAUAUGGUUUUCUGAAAAUGUAUUGUUAACUGUGUGCCUAUCAUGCAUUAUUUUCUCCAAUAACACUGGUGGAUAUGCAGGUAAAGAAUAUAAUAGUCCUGCAAACCAAGGUCCUUAAGAGUUCACAGGUUUUAACAUGGCUUGCCCCUUUCAAAAUGAAAAUAAAAUAAAGCAUUAAACAAAUUGUGCAUUUGAAUAUAUGUGUGGGGGCUGCAAAAUUAAAAACAAUGCUGGGCUAUUUUGAAGAAUUUACCCAGCAAAUUAUGUUUUACAUGUAUUUAGUAUAUGGUUACUAUUAAUCCACAAUAAAAAGUUCCAAAACAUA